GACACAAUAGGACCAGAGCAAAGCUAAGCCUGAACCAUCCCAGGCCGUACACUCCCUCAAGCUGGCUUCAAGACUUGCUCAGGUCGCAAGACAUACAUCAGGCUCAAUGGCUGCCCCUACCGCAAAACCGAUCCUAUUCAUGUGUGACAUGCAAACCAAAUUUGUCAGUGCAAUCCAUGAAUUCGGCCAUGUCUCCAAGACUUGCUCGAAGCUAUUGAAGGCUUCUGGCAUCCUCGGCUGGGAAGUUGUCUACACGACCCAGCUGCGUGCGAAACUGGGCGAUACGGUGGAUGAGUUGAAAUUGCAGGAUGGGCGGAAACCCUUGUUGGAUAUGGACAAGACGCUCUUCUCCAUGGCGAUCCCUGAAGUCCUUGCAAAACUACCAGCACGCUCGCAAAUUAUCAUUGUUGGUAUUGAAUCGCAUAUCUGCGUGACGCAGACGACAUUGGAUUUGAUUGCGCAUGGACAUGAGGUCUUUGUCAUCUCUGAUGGUGUUUCUUCUUGCAAUGCAAGUGAAGUACCCAUUGCGUUACGCCGUCUCGCUGCAGCCGGUGCGACCGUUACGACCUCAGAGAGUUUCAUCUACCAAGCUGUACGAGAUGCCGGAAUCCCUGAAUUCAAGCAAAUCGCCGCACUCGUUAAGGAAACAAAAGAAGCGACGGCAGCAGCCAUGAAGACACUGCCUGGCUGCUCAAUCUAGCGAUUGUU